AUGCCUAUCAGGGUCCCAACUUUGAAAGAAAUAAGUUCCAUCAAAUAUAACUAUCAGUUCCAAUAUUUGGUUAACCCUACUGUGUGUGAUAGAAUAUUUUCCAAAUUACAAUUAAAUACUGUUUACCCCAAUGAUUGCCACGAUCUUAAAGUUUUGGAUUUAUAUCCUGGUCCUGGCCAGACUUCAGUGAUAUUCAAUAAUAAAUUCACUCCAAAACAACAUUUUUUGAUGGACAUUAGGAAUUCAUAUGUUGAUUUUCAAGACAGAUAUUUGGUCCCGUAUAAUAAUGGGAAUAAAUUGACCCUAAUACGGAAAGAUCCUUAUGAUUGGAGUUCAUAUACCGAUUUAAUAGAAAAAGAAAGACAAUUAGAUCCUGGGUUUCAAAAUAAAUCACAUUUACAUAACGAGUUUCUAAUAAUGGCAAAUGUUACGGAACGUAAAUAUGAAGGUUUGAUAAUUCAGUGGCUAAGUUGUCUAGGCUAUAAGAAUUGGUUAAUGAAGUAUGGGAAUGUUAAAAUGUUACUAUGGUUACCUACCCAAACUGCCAUUAAGUUACUAGCUCUGCCUGGAACAAAGCAUCGUAAUAAAUGUUCUCUCUAUUUGGAAGCUUUUGCUGAUACCAAUUUGGUGGCUUUUUCAAAGAGUUUAACAGUAAUACAAAAUUUCGAUCCAACACUUAUAAAAAAAUGUGAUCCUAUCUUUAUUGAUGACCCAAACGAUAUUUUCCCUAGUAAUCCUUCUGAUGAAUCCAUAUCUUUAUUAGAAAUUAAUCCAAAAGACCAUAAUAUUGAUAUCGAUACAUGGGAUUAUGUCACAAAACAAUUAAUGAUUCUAAGAAGAACACCUCUUAUUGAUGCUGUUGAAUCCCUGGGCCAUGGUGCAAGAGAAUAUUAUUUGGAAACUAUCAAGGAUAAACAAUUGAUGAACAGAUGUCCGGUUACUUUCACUUUCGAAGAGUUUGAAUAUAUUACGCAAUUGUUUAUCAACUGGCCCUUUAAGCCCGAUAUUUAUACAGAAUUAUAUGAUUUGAAGGUUGAUGAACCUAGGAAUUGA